CAGAGCACAGAGAGAGACUGACAGAGGAGAGGACACAACAGAGAUGAGUCAGACAGACGAAGACAAGCCUCGGCCACCCUGUCACCGGAACUACAGCCCUGUCACAAAGGACAUCAAAAGGUGUGCAUGAGAAUAAAUGCUGUGAGAUCUGGAAGAGGGCAUCAGGAAUACAAACGCCUGCAGAGAGACUUACAUUGGUCAGUGCAAGGGUCAACAACGCUUCAAAGCUCCUGCCACAGAACCAAAGGUGUUCAGAGAUUUUAAUCAUUUUCUCUUAUUGUUGCAUGAAUUUAUCCAUUGACUACCCCAAAGGGUAUAAACUAGAGUGCUGCAGAUUAUUUCUCCCAUGGCGAGCAUUUGGAUCUCUCAACUGGGAACCAUUUGCAGCUCCAAGACUUUGUUCUUGCUGUUUUCCAUCCUGCUGCUUCAGGAGCCUCUCUGUGUAGAGAGCAGCCCCAUCUCCAGCACGCAUCAGAGGCAUCGUCCUGCUCCAGGGCUGGGAGAUGGGCAUGGAGGUGUGGUGGAUCUGUCCCUGCUGGAGCAGGACAGAAACAUGGACGUGCAAAGCCUGCUGGAGAGCCUGAAGGAGCAGUUUUUGAGGACUUUCAACCUGUCUGGUUCGGGUCCUCCUCCACUGCCUCCUGGAAGUACGCGAGAGGAGCCACCUGAAUACAUGAUGGAGCUCUACAACCGCUUUGCUAAUGACCACUCUGCCAUGCCCACCGCCAACAUCAUCCGAAGCUUCAAAAAUGAAGAUUCAUCUCCCAGUAUUGUGGGUGUAGGAGGGGUGAGGCGCCACCCACUCCUCUUCAAUGUGUCAGUUCCACAUCAUGAACGCAUCAGAGCAGCUGAGCUUCGCCUCUACACUCUUGUCCAGACCGAUCGCCACCUUUAUGCCGGUGUCGACCGCAAAGUCACUAUCUACGAACUGGAAGUGCAUGACUGGGAUGACAACAUGACGGCUGUGAGAGGAGAUGUAUUCACAGGGGGAGAAGAGCGGAUAGAGCUGGUGGAGUUGGCUUCACGCCAGGUCUACGGCACAGAUAACGGCUGGGAGGCUUUUGACCUCACUGCUGCUGUUCAGCGAUGGCGCAAAUCUGACAGUGGUACCACACACCGGUUAGAAGUGCACAUUGCCAGCAUUGCUAAUGGUGACAAUGUUCAAGGUAUGAAAGAAGACAGCAAAGGCAGGAGUCCACCUGAAGAGGACAUGAAGAUUGACACCAGUCCUGAGGAGAAACACAAACCUCUGUUGAUUGUUUUCUCAGAUGAUCAAAGUAGUGAUCACCGUGAUGACAAACGUGAGCUGAACGAGAUGAUUGGCCAUGAAACCGCAAACAUGGUUCUGCAGAAUGACUUGGGAACAGGCCUAAAUGGGCUGUGGGGGGAACUGGGAAGGGACAGGGAGAAAGGAGAUGAAGAGGGUGAGCCAGGUGAAGAAGACCUUAUCCAGAUGCGUUCCAAUCUGAUCUAUGACACAGCAUCACGCAUUCGUCGUAAUGCUAAGGGAAACCACUGCAAGAAACAAUCUCUGUACGUAGAGUUCAAGGACAUUGGAUGGGACAGUUGGAUCCUGGCACCCACUGGUUACGAUGCCUUUGAGUGCAGUGGUAUUUGUUCCUUUCCACUGACAAAGCAUGUCACACCCACGAAGCAUGCCAUUGUCCAGACUUUGGUCAACAUCAACAGUCCUCAGAAGGCAGCACGAGCUUGUUGUGUGCCCACCAAGCUGGACCCCAUCUCCCUGCUGUACCUGGACGACACAGGUGUGGUCACCUACAAGUACAAGUUUGAAGGCAUGGUGGUGGCUGAGUGUGGUUGCAGAUAGUCCAUACUUUUAGAGUUAAACUCUUUAUAAAGUCUUACAAUAAGAGGAAGGACACAAAACUUACAAUAAGCUGAAAAAGGAGCUGAGCCAAGAAUGCCUUCAACAAAGGAGAGGGACGAUUAUUUGAAUCUCUGAGACUGGAAGUGUGCAAUCAUGAUUCAUGCAACUAUGUGCACUCCAAAAAAUGUGUGGACAGAUAUAUAUUUUGUACCUAAGUCAGAAAUGAGUAUUCAUAUAUGGCAAAGACAUAAAUAUCAGCUGCAGACAGUAGAGAUGAGCAGCAGAUCUACAGUCAGUAGGUGGCCUGUACUGAUGCAACAAGGCUAAAAAGGCACACGUUUUCCCAAAGAACCAAGCCCAGGCCACAGUCUGUACGGCCUUGUGGGAACUAGUGGGCCAGUUGUUCCCCUCCUCUCCUUUCCCCUGACAUCUGUCUUCCUCUCUGCUUAUCUCUGGCCUCCCCACUCGAUGCAAACACUAAUCAGCACUUCAUGUGCCUUGCUGCAGUGAAAUGACCUCCAUGAGGCAACCUGACAAGACAUGAACUCUCCAAGCCCACCUCCUGCCUCCUGCAGCCUCCUGAUACGUGGGUGCUGUGCAGGGAUCCUAGCAGCAGGGUUAUCUAUCCCAACCCCGUUUCCCACUUCACAUGCCUCUUUUCCACUCCCCUGAGCUACAGUGAUAGCAAGGUGUUGGGGGUUGAGAAACAUGUACGGCCACCACUCAGGCUCGGAGAACUUGAAGCCAUUCUGGGCAACUUUUGAGGUGGUGGGUUGGGGGAGUGGGACAGGACAAGCGGGGGGCUGGGGUUGUCUACAUUCCUAGGCAACAAACAAUCUUUCCUGACUCAACUCACUGACCCAGCACCAUGUGCCCCAACGUAUCUCCAACUCCUCAGCUGAGUCAUUCAUCACUAUUUUGGAUUUUUUUUUUAGCAAAACAGUGUUGACUUUCUGUAGCUCAAGAGUACAAUAAGGGCCACACUGUUGCAAUAUGGAUUCCCAAAGAAAAUACUGAUAUUUUCUUUUGUUAUAAGCAUUUUGAUACCUCUGCUGCUUGUGUCAAAUAAAAGACUAUUUAUUGUUCUAAUUUAUUGAUUUUUGCAAGUGUAGAAAACUAUAUAUGUACAUUUGUAAGUUAGUGUAGAGCAGGAUUUGUAAUAAUGACAAUGCAUUUGCAGCUCAAAGUGAAUUUUGUUGGGAAGAGAAGUGAUUGCUAAAACAAUAAAGAACAGUUACUUAACAAAUGCCAAAUCCCAGGUCUGUCUAACUAUUAAUUAAUCCUUCAUCCACACUGUUUUACAAAGUUUGCACACUGUGUUGUUAAACAUGACUUCAUAUAAAGGUAAAUGUAAAUCUGUUUUCCAAAGUACAAUUAUCAGUCGAAGAAAUCAUGGUCUCUCAACCUUCAUCAGCAUUUUAGGAUCACACAAUGUUAGCCUUGUAACACAGACCUUUCAAUUCAACAGUAUCAGCUCAAAGGUCAUAGGUCAUUCAUUACACACAAACAAAGAGCCAUGGGAAAAUGAGUGGAAGGCCCGCUAAUGAACUAAAUGAAUGGCCUGCUGCUUGCACAGACAGUGAGCAGGCUGGAGACUGCUAUGACAGACAACCAGGUUUUAAGAGAAAAUGUGAACAAAAAGCAAACAAAGAUCUGGACUCCAGUGUCUUCUUUUGUUCACACAACAUUUUCUGUGAAUGUUAAACCAGAUUGCAACAGCAUUGUGCUGUUUCUUUCAUGUACACUUAAGAUGUAAAUAAAGAAUACAAACUGUUGCACUGACAUAAGUAAUGCUUUCUGUCGUUCCUUAGUUGCUGAGAAAAGUACGUCACAAUAACAGCCGAUGAAAGGUGUGAUGCUUGUACUCUGUUUGGGAAAAUUACAGUGUUAUACCUGCAGAAAUGAGGUGAAAAAUGAAAAUUCAAGUGUCCAGUGUGAUCUGGAUAGCGUUGUGAAAAUUGGAUUGUGGCAGGCAGGUGGACACAGUGCAGAUACAGGAGAAAACAUAUUGGAGAAGCAACACACAGAGAAGAAAAUCUAGACAACUGUCAUCUUUAUGCUAAGCUGAGAUAAGCUAAGCUAGUCUAGCUACUGCUUCUUUCAUGACAAACCUGUGUAUGUGUGGUGUGUCAAUCUUCUCACCUAAACCUAGGCAAGAAAGCAAAAAUGUAUGUUUCCUUUAAGAGGGGCUUGUAAACCAUGGCCAACGUCACUGUAGCAAUCCUAAUCACUAAUUUGAUUUAUACAGUUUAUAAAAUGUCAAUGAGAUGCAUGUAUGGGGUAACUUAAACUUGUGCAAUCAUAGUCCCAUUGCUACAUUGUAACAAAAUAAUGAUUAUGUAAUGCUCCUGCUGCCAUUCUUGACAAAAUGGAGAGAAAAAUCCAUUUAUGCUCUUGCAAAGCUUCCUAAAAAGCCAUUUUUGGCAACAGCCCACUAAUGACA